GAACUAAUGUCCUAUGAAGAAGAAAAAAAAACGUUUAUCAACUGGUCCUUUUUUCGUUUAGUACUUAGGUCCAAAAUUGGAAUUUGGAAACAGCAAAAACCCUCUAACCCUUUCUUCUUCGCUGUAAGCUCUGAGAAGUUUCAUCCCCCGAUAUUUCAAGGAGAUUGACAGCCACUUAAUUUUGCCGCUAAUUGCAGAUUAAAUAUAGAGAGAGAUAUGCAGGCUCGUAGAGGACUUGAGGAAGCUUCAGCUUCCAAAAUGCGAAAAAAGAAAACAUCACAACAAAAGGCUCCAGUGCUGCAAAAAGAAGGGAAUAAGGCAAAAAGGAUACAAGAUUUUCAUGCGCUGCCAAUUCAAAAUGGACUAAAACCCACCAAAAGAGUACCAUCAAACGAAGUUUCCCCAUUAUUCCAACAUGCCGACAAAUCAUCACCUGAAUUCUUGCCGGAUACUUCCACUUCCGGAAAUGAAUAUCGGGCAUUAAGGAGAAAGUAUCUAUUGCUGGAGGAAGAAAGUUUUGCUCUUGGUAAAGAAUUGAGUGAAGCCGAAGAUGAGAUUAAGGCCCUUGAAGACGAGAAGCUUACACUCCUUGAUGAACUAGUUGUGUUGGAAGGCCUGGUUGAUCCUUCAGACAUUCAAUCCCAAGGCCAGCGAUUAUGAUGGUUUAAAUCUGUGUUUCGGUACAUUGGGGAUACAGAUACAGAACUGUGUACAACUAUCCAAGUUCUGUUAGCGUAAAAUUGAGAUGUCAUUUGGUAGUGGAGAUUGGUUGGUUGUUUAUUGCGUGAA